UAAUAUAAUAUCAAGUAACAUUAUCAAAUACAAACAAUAGGCAUCCGACUAUUGACAAAUUUUAUUAUUUCCUAUCAAGACCUAUAAAAUGUUUUGUCCGCUAUUAAAAUCGUACCGAAAGAAGGUUUACCGCGUGCUGCUCAGGUUGCCACAGCGGUACGAGCACAAGAUGCCCGACAGACUGAAGUCGAUUAUAACGGACAAGGACCCCGAGUUCUCAAACAUGGUCUCGUACUAUUAUCACAAGUCCGCUCAGAUCAUGGAGAAGAGUUUGGUCGAAGAGAUGGACAAGUAUCUGGACUUCAAGCCCGAGGAGAAGCAGGCUCGAGUAUCCGCCAUUUUAAACUUGAUAGGCAGUGUCUGCACCUCGCUGGAGGUGAGCUUUCCCAUUAUACGCAAGGAUGGCACCUAUGAAAUAAUCACGGGCUAUCGUGCUCAUCACGUACGCAACCGUCUGCCUUUAAAGGGUGGAAUUCGGUUCGCCAUGGAUGUGGACGAGCAUGAGGUGAAGGCAUUAGCGGCUAUUAUGACAUUCAAGUGCGCCUGCGUCAAUCUACCCUUCGGCGGCUCCAAAGGUGGCAUUCGAAUCGAUCCCAAGAAGUACACAGCAAGGGAAUUGCAGACAAUUACGCGGCGCUACACCAUGGAGCUGUUGAAGCGUAAUAUGAUUGGCCCUGGCAUUGAUGUACCUGCGCCCGAUGUGAAUACAAGUCCGCGCGAGAUGAGCUGGAUCGUGGAUCAGUAUAUCAAGACCUUUGGUCAUAAGGACAUCAAUGCAACGGCGAUUGUCACUGGAAAACCCGUCCACAUUGGCGGCAUCAAUGGCAGAUUUGCGGCAACUGGUCGGGGGGUAUGGAAAACUGGCGACGUCUUUCUGCAGGAUAAGAAAUGGAUGGAUUUGAUUGGUCUUAAGACCGGCUGGGAAGACAAGACGGUCAUUGUCCAGGGCUUCGGCAAUGUUGGCUCAUUUGCAGCCAAGUUUGUCCACGAAGCAGGCGCCAAAGUAAUUGGCAUUCAGGAGUUUGACUUUUCGCUAACAAACAAUGAUGGUAUUGACAUCAAUGAUCUCAUGAAAUAUAUGUCGGACAAGAAGACAAUCAAGGGCUAUCCGAAAGCCAAGGAAACAAAGGAGAAUCUGCUAACUGCGGAAUGCGACAUAUUGAUGCCGUGUGCCACGCAAAAGGUGAUCACCAGCGAGAACGCGAACGACAUCAAAGCUAAAUUGAUUCUGGAAGGCGCCAAUGGACCAACUACUCCAGCUGGCGAGAAGAUUCUUCUGGACAAAAAAGUCUUGAUCGUUCCGGAUUUGUAUUGUAAUGCUGGCGGUGUCACGGUAUCCUACUUUGAAUAUUUGAAAAAUAUUAAUCACGUGACGUACGGCAAGAUGACGUCAAAGAGGUCAUCAACGCUCAUUCAUGAGGUCAUUAACUCGAUCAAUGAGUCUCUUCACGAGCAAAAUUGUGAUAUUCCCCUGGUCAACCCAAACAAAUCACUGCGAGCGAUACGUGAUUGCACCACAGAAGCGAACAUAGUCGAUGCAGCCCUACAAACAGUUAUGGAAGCGUCAGGAACUGGGGUCAAGGCCACUGCCAAUAGGUUUGAGUUGUGUAAUGAUCUACGCACAGCUGCCUAUAUCUGGUCUAUAUAUAAAAUAUUUCGGGCUUUGGAGAGCUCCGGCAUAUCACAGCAGUAGCUCAACAAUUUUGUCAUAUUUUGUA